AUGAAACAUUUCGAUUUUGAUAUUUAUUCAUUUAUUUCUAUGGAAAGUCAAAUGAGUUUUCUGUCACAAGAAGAUAUUCAACAAACAUUUAAAGAUUUUCCAUGCACAAAAGUAAUAUCUUGUGUUGAUUAUUUUCAUCGUAAGCGAAAACUAGGACAAUGUCAUGUUUAUUCAUAUCCAUUUCUAAUGAAAUCUUAUGAAUAUAUUACAAAUAAUUUUCCAGGUGGAUAUUAUCCACAUGUUCGCAUAGUGUAUUUAUAUGAUGAACAUCCAUUUGAACAUGAAUUUUUUCGUCAAAUUUCUCUUGCAUUUCCAUUGAUGAGCAGAUUAACUUUGAUUAAUGAUUGUUCACAAAAUUCUAAACAAACGAUCAAUAUUAAUCAGAAUUUUGGAAUUAUUCGAUAUUAUCAUCUUAUUGAACUUGAUAUUCGACGAUGUCGUGAUGAUUAUACUGAAGAGUUUCUUAAUAGAAAAACAUAUUUACAUAAUUCGAUUUCACUUCAUAUUAAUGUGGAAUCAUUUGCAAGAAUAACACAGAAUUUUACAAGAAAUGAAAUACGAAUUAAUUGUAGCAAAGUAAAUGAAAUAUUUUUAUAUGGAGAAAACAAAUAUUCGAUUCAAUCUUUACAAAAUUAUUUUCCCUUUGCAAAAAUCGAUUGA